CGCCCAUGAACGCGGAAGCUCGUGCUGCCGCUGCUCCGCUGCGGAGGGGAAAGUGAGUUCUCUGCGAUCCUCGGAACCAACCCGACUUCAGACGGAGCACCGAACCCCCCACGCCCCUGCACCAUGUUCUCCCCGAGGUUCCUGCGUCUGAGGUCAGCCGCCUCUCUCAGCUCCAGGUGUGUCAGCGGGAGGGCGCCAGACAUGGCUGAAGGAAACCCGCUGUUACACGUGUCCAACGUGAGAAACCGACUCCGAGAAAUCGUGGGAGCUUCCACCAACUGGAGCGACCACCAGCAGGCACUAGCCGAGCGCGUCUCCCUGUCCACCAUGCUGGCCCAGUCCCAGAGCGUGUUGCCAGCCAAGCGCAUGAGGGACAGCUUCCUGGAGGUGCACCUGCCUCUGGGCUCGGAGCCGCAGCUGCGGGAGAAGUACCUGACCUUCCACAACACCGUCCGGUUCGGCAGGAUCCUGGAGGACCUGGACAGCUUGGCGGUCCUCAUCUCCUACUCGCACACCUUCAACCCGGCUCUGAAACGGUCUCCUCUGUCCAUCGUCACCGCCCUGGUGGACAAGAUCGACAUGAGGCAGCAGGUCAUCUAUCCUGACUGUGACAUCAAGUUCACUGGCCAUGUGACCUGGGUGGGGAAGACCUCCAUUGAAGCCAAGAUGCACAUGUCCCAGUACCGCGAUGGCUCCUACUCUCCGGUUCUGGACGCCACAUUCGUCAUGGUGGCCCGAGACCCUGAGAACAAGAGAGCCGCUUUCGUCAACCCGCUGCAGCCUGAAGGUCCAGAGGAGCAGAAGCUGCUGCAGGAGGGUCAAGAGAACAAAUCUCGCCGUGUGGAGCUCAGCACAGCGUCGCUGCUCAAGGUCGCCCCGACUGACCAGGAGAGGAAGAUCGUCCACAGCCUGUUCCUCAACACGCUGGACCCCAAGACCGUCAGCUUCCGCAGCAGGAUUUUACCCCCCAACUCUGUGUGGAUGGAGGACGCCAAGCUCAAGGGUCUGGAGAUCUGCCACCCUCAGGAGAGGAACAUCUUCAACAGGAUCUUUGGAGGGUUCCUCAUGAGGAAGGCCUACGAGCUGGGCUGGGCCAACGCCUGCGCCUUCGGCGGCUGUCGUCCCAGCCUGGUGGCAGUGGACGACAUCUUGUUCCAGAAGCCCGUGGAGAUCGGCUCUCUGCUGCUGCUCUCCUCGCAGGUGUGUUACACUCAAGGCAAACACAUCCAGGUCCGAGUUCACAGCGAGGUGUUCGACCCUCUGACCCACCAACACAACACCACCAACGUCUUCCACUUCACCUUCAUGUCCGACCGCGACGUCCCCAACAUCGUGCCACAAACCUACGGAGAGUCCAUGUUGUACCUGGAUGGAAAACGACACUUCAACCAGACAGUGGAGCACUGACCUCAGUUGAGCUUGGUGACCUCUGACCCCCCCACCCCCCCCGCGCACGUCCUGCUCUCCACAUGAACUUGUUUUUUAGUCUCCGUCCCCUGAGGGCCACUCCUGUCUGUUACACGUCCAGCGCCUGCCUGGUCACAUGAGCGUGGUGGCUGCCAGCGACUCCUGCUGACGUGAUGUCAUGCCUCUGGUGCGGUUUUUUCACUCUGAUGUUCUGACAGAAAUGUGUGUGAAUAGAGAUGGAACGGGGCCAGAGGCCGGUCACUGGCCCACAGGAUGUGCACGAAGGACCCGUCGCGCGUUUGAAGCGUUCUGCACAAACGCUGUGAACCUGAACCUCACUGGUGACUGUCGCUCCUCACCGAUGCAAUAAAACACGUCCUGGCGCCUCCUA